AUGGUGGCGGUGCUCGGGGCGCGCGCGCGAGGGACGGCGACGGGGGACGCGCGCGCGCGCGAGAGCGCGGCGCUGGGAUUGACGCCGGUCGAGCGCGAGGCGUUCACGCGCGUUCCGGAUAACGCGGGCGUCGCGUUGAACGGAUGGUUGCACCUCGAGGAUUGGUUCUUCGCGAACGGUGAGAGCACGUUGGUGGAUUCGCCGCUCGGGCGCGCGCAGGGAAGGGUGUUGCCGCCGUUUUUCAAUUCAGCCGAGGAGCUCGGUUUUUCGUGGUCGAGCGAGGGGGAGUUGGUGGCGAAACUCGCGAAGAAGUAUGGGAAUUUGAAGACUGUGAAGAUUAUGAACGCGUAUCGAUCGAGUUGGAUGACGAACGCGGACGUGGAGAAGAUCGCGCGAGUGGGAUACAAGACGCUGCGACUACCUGUGAAUUGGGCGGCGUUCAUGGGCACGGAGAAAAGCCCGACGCGAGUGGUCGAAGACCCAAAGUAUAGCGAUCGAGCGCAGGUGACUGUCGAUCAGAUGACGUUGACGAACGUUCUUCGAAUCUUGCACAAGAAGACUGGGGCGCGAGUGGUAGUCGACAUGCACAACAUGCCCGGUGGCAGCUCGGAGGGCACGUACAACGGCGUGUCUCCGCACCCACCGGCGUUUUGGGACGACGCAAAACUUCAAGACGUGGGUGUGAACGCGAUUCACAGUAUGUUCAAGUGGUACAACCACCUCACUGAGGAUGAUAAGGAUUUUGUCGAUGGCUUCACGCUUUUGAACGAACCCGCGCACUUGAUGCCGGCGAAACGCGACGCGAUGCUGGCAUGGAUGGAGAAGGCCAUCUUUGCGUAUCGUCAGCUCGUGGCGCGACCCCGCGAGAUGUCGGGCAAGCGCGUGCCAAAGCUGUACGUCAAUUUGAUGGAAACGAGUGGGCUAGCAGUACAAGAGUACGGGAAACUCAUGAGAAAGUGGUUCGAUCGCGAAGAGCUUAGAACGUGGGCGGUAUUAGACACACACUUCUAUCUCGCUUGGGGAGUGAAUGGAUGCAAGUCUGGGUGCGCUUGGAGUUGCUCGGACUCGUCGCAACACAUCACUGAAACCGUUCGAUCUGCCAUGGCCGGGCACAUCGCGAAGGUGAAGCGCACGGCGGAGGACAUCGGAGUGCACCAAUUUAGUGUGGGCGAGUGGUCGCUCGCGACGCAUCACGACAGCGCCAUGGGCUGCGACGAAGAUAGAGUGAAACAUGCUGUGUACAGGGGUCAAAUGCGAGCUUUUGAGGUCGCAAACAUGCCAAACUUUUUCUGGGGUUGGAAAAUGCAACGCGCUGGGAAGCAUCAAGAUUUCUGGAGCAUGGAACACUUCCAAGCGUCCCUCGGCGCGUUUCACGACGACUCUGAGGUGAGUGGUGGUAACGUCACGACAAACGCUGGUCGAACCACACCGGCAGAACAGGCGCAAGCGUUGCCACGUCCGACGGCAGCGAGGCUUGGUGCAUCGCAGGAAGACGCAUCAGAGGAGUACUCAGAUCCCAUGACGCUGGCUGACGCGAUGAAGGCAGCUACUUCAACGGACGUGUUACCUACGCCCGUGGCGCCGGCCUCAUCUUCCCCAGUUCCAACCACCAGCCCGAACGCAGCGGAACAGCAGUCGCUGACUGGCAUUGAGGCAGCUACUUCAACGGACGUGUUACCUACGCCCGUGGCGCCGGCCUCAUCUUCCCCAGUUCCAACCACCAGCCCGAACGCAGCGGAACAGCAGUCGCUGACUGGCAUUGAGGCAGCUACUUCAACGGACGUGUUACCUACGCCCGUGGCGCCGGCCUCAUCUUCCCCAGUUCCAACCACCAGCCCGAACGCAGCGGAACAGCAGUCGCUGACUGGCAUUGAGACGAACGCAACCGAGGUCAAUAGUUCUAGCACAUUGGGAUUCGAAGGCCACGCGGCGCCCUGGGAGAAGGCGUCGAGAGGUUUACCGCCCGUAGAUUUCACGCAAGAAAACCAGAACGGCGGACCGAAUCGCGAGCAGAAGCAUCACAAGAGCGACAUUUCGGACGAGUUCGAAGAAGUCGAGCCGAGACACAGCAGUCACAAGGAACAACCGCAAGCUGACCGCGAGCAGAAACAUCACACGGUGCGGCAGCAACCGAUUGCUGCGCAGCCGACUACGUACCAGCAACCGCAGCAGACGGCCACGUAUCAGCAGCCAGCGCAGCCGACUACGUACCAGCAACCGCAGCAGACGGCCACGUAUCAGCAGCCAGCGCAGCCGACUACGUACCAGCAACCGCAGCAGACGGCCACGUAUCAGCAGCCAGCGCAGCCGACUACGUACCAGCAACCGCAGCAGACGGCCACGUAUCAGCAGCCAGCGCAGCCGGUACCCAUGUCGGGAUCGUCACAAAGUCGUCCAGCGCUUGCGCCGGCGCGCCAAGUGGUGCCAUCUCGCUUUGCUCCGGCUGUGCAAGCCCCGGUCACUUCUUCGACAACUUCGGACAAGCCAAUUGUGUACGCGAAAGAUAGACACGAUGGUUCAUUUUGGGGCACCUCGUAUGGAUUAGACGCGCUCAAGCCUCCAGAAAUUCAUCAAAACUCGCUCAUGAUUGACGACGAGCAAAACGUGGACGAGACAGAAUAUUACGAAGAACCGCGCGAAGCUGUCGCUGCUCGCACUGGCGCCAAGUUGCCGACAUACGCUGAUGACGCGGCUGAUCAUUUGUAUCACCACCGCUCGACGUACUCCAUGCACGACGCCAAACAUAUGAAGCACAAGAUUUCGUACGAUCUCUUCUCCUCGAGCGCCUCCAAGGCGAGCGACUCGUACGACGAUGACGACGACGACGUCGACGAGGACACGCGCGAUGCACACGGACAUGGACGAAAGAAGCAUGAUGAAAGCGUCGACUUCGAGGCUCUCGCGGAAUCACAGAGUUUUGUCCCUAAAGAAUCUUCCAAGCACAAUAAGAAUCCGUGGGACGACUCAGUUGAGCGCGCGCCGAAGAAGAAGAGCUCUCAUCGCAGUAGUUCCGCGGACUUUGACGAAGACGACGACGAGGGUGACGAAAACCUUUCGACGCACGCUCAGCACGGUUCCUCGAAACACUCUCACAAGUCCAAAAAGCACGCAUCAAAGUCGGACGCGUACUCCGCCGACGCUCUCGAAGAAUCCUUCGCCGAGGACGACGUCGACCACGACCACGAGCACGAAGACGACGACGAGGGUAUUCCAGCCUGGAUCCAAUGGGACGCCGCCACGGCCGCGUAAAGCGCGCAACAUUCCUGUAAUAGCUU